AUGACGAAUUUUUUCCACCAAAUUUACCUUGGUCAUGCCAACCGUGUUGUUACUGACUAUAUCACCAAAGGGAGACGCCAUAAGAUCUCCCGCGCACAGAUCGAAAUGCAGAUCCUGGAAGAAAUUGAGAAAUCUGCAUUGCCAGCGCCACAUCGCAUUGCUUGGUAUGCAUUGAUAUUACAAACCAAUACUUUUGAAAUCUACUGGUUGGGCCAGCGCGAUCAGCACCACCUGAGCAAAGAAUCAAUUGCGCGUUUGAAGCCAGAUAUGACGCUCGUGAACGAGUGUGCCUUUGAAAGUCCUGAAAGCUCUCCCGCAUGCUCUGAUAGCGAGAUGUCUGAUACACCUCAGCUGGAAAGCACGUUUUCCGGCGUACCUCGAUAUUUAGUCCGCGAUGAUGCCUCCAGCGACGACGAUUCCUCAGACACCUCCACUUCAAGCCCCUCACCAACCACCAUUUCGGAGAUGCAUGAACAAACCAACCUCAUCCACGAAACAGGAUCCCCCACUGACGAAGUUGAAGAUGAAGUGGGACAUCCUCAGGUGUCUGGAAAAACUAUUCCUGAAACUGGCACUGUUCCUGGAAUAGCUAGGAAGACGACGCCAAAACCAGCUCAAGCACGCAAGGGCCGUAAGCCAGCGAGCGGGUCAAGUAAACCCAAGGCAACGAGAAUGAAAGCUACCCCACGGAAGAAACGGCAAGUAGCAAUGAAACAGCCUCGAGUUAAUCCGAUUGUUCCAGUCGAAGACGCCGAAGAAGAUUUCGAGCCCAGAGGCGCAGAAUCCAAUACGAGCAUUGAACCUGAUCUCCAAGCGGUUGACGAAGCUGCCAAUGCAGAUGAGAUUACCCUUUCAAAAAAUAAAGAACGAGGCAAAAAGGCCUGGGAGACUCGAAAACGCAAAGCCGCUGAGAAAGCCGUCGCCGCAGCUGUAGCUUUGGCAGAAGAACAAGGAACGGCUGCCCAAGGUGCUUCCCUGCAAGCUACCGAAGGGACCCCCAAGGGACGUGGCAGAAAGAAGAAAGCUGUGCGUUUCAACGAUCCCAAAAACAAUACUGAUGACGAGCAAUAA